AUUUUGUCAGGGCUCCAGCACUCGCGCCGGGACAAAAUAAGCCUUGCUGAUCUCGCCAUGGCUGACAACCCAGUUUGGAAGGCAUGCAAGCCCUUCGCCACCGGCUCGCUGUCGGGGAUGUUCGCGACCUGCUGUAUCCAGCCCAUCGACAUGGUCAAGGUGCGCAUUCAGCUCACAGCAGGCACCGCUGAAGCUGCAGGCCCUAUGACCAUUGUCUCAUCGAUGCUGAAGAAUGAGGGCAUUGGUGCCUUCUACACCGGUUUGACCGCAGGACUGACUCGUCAGGUGGUUUACACCGGAGCACGUUUGGGGCUCUUCGACCAGUUCACAGGCAUGGUCAAGAAGCCUGGUAAGUCGCUCUCCGUGGUGGAGAACGGUGGUUGUGCGCUGGCGGCGGGCGGUUUGGCCGCCUUGAUCGGGAACCCGGCGGACUUGGCGCUGAUCCGGAUGCAGGCCGACAGCAUGAAGCCAGUGGCUGAGAGAGCCGGAUACAGCAACGUCUUCACCACCAUGGGAAAGAUCGUGGCCAGUGAAGGGCCUCUGGGCUUGAUGGCCGGCGCGGCGCCCACGGCCACUCGUGCCAUGGCUCUCAACUUGGGAAUGUUGGCCGGCAAUUCCAUCGCCAAGGCGGUCCAAGACAUCGCAGUGUUCUUCAGGGAUCAAGACCAUGACUCAUCUGCAGUGGACAACCUUGCGAGCUUUGGAGUCACUGGUGGUCCUCUGGUCUUUGGUGCCUCCGCGAUUGCGGGCUUCUUCGCGUCCUUCUUCUCCUUGCCCUUUGAUUUCGUGAAGACACAGAUGCAGAAGCAGAAGAAGGAUCCUGUGACAGGUGAGCUGCCUUACAAGAGCUCCAUCGACUGUGCCACGAAGAUCAUGGCAGAGGGUGGCCCCUUGCGCUUCUACGCCGGCUUCCCCACCUACUACGUGCGCAUUGCGCCCCACGCCAUGCUCACCUUGAUCGCACAAGACUUCAUCAAGAAGAGUUGGUCUUCAGUUGGCCUAUGAGUUUUGAAAGCACCAACCGUGAUCGGUUCGCUCAGAUGGAUGUCAUGUAGGACCCCUGAUGGGUCGGCUGCUGUUUUCCUCAGAUUUAAGGCCGCCUCUGGGUCAUCAAGUUUGAUACAGCCUUCUGCUUCUUUCUUCCACCCACGCAACCUUGGGAUGUGACCCUCAGCGGUGGAGGGCUUGCGAGCUGUUGC